AUGUCCCGACUGACGCAAGCCAAAGAAGCAACAACGAUAGACGACACAAUGGCACCUCACGCCGACACACCCGAAAUGGCUCUCGAGAGCGUCCCACAGCGCAUCGGCUCCAGAUUCCAAACACACCUCCAAUCGACGCCGCAAAACGAAGUACACGAUGUAAUCUGCGUGGGCUUCGGUCCUGCAUCGCUAGCAAUCGCUGUUGCCCUCCACGACUCGACCAAGCAGACGGGCAAGCAGAUGCCACAACUCAGAACACAGCCCAAGGUCGCCUUCCUCGAGCGACAGGAACACUUCGCGUGGCACGCCGGCAUGCAGAUUCCUGGAGCCAAGAUGCAAAUCUCCUUCAUCAAGGACAUGGCCACCAUGCGCAACCCUCGCAGCGAGUUCACUUUCCUCAACUACCUGCACGAGAACGAUCGUCUUGUGCAAUUCACCAACCUCAGCACUUUCCUGCCGCGCCGCAUCGAGUUUGAGGACUACCUACGCUGGUGCGCCGGCUGGUUCCAGAACCUGGUUUCAUACGGUCAUGAGGUGGUCGAUAUCUCGCCUGACACCAAGAGUGCAGAGGCUGUCACAACAUGGACAAUCACAUCUCGCAACAUGCACACNAAAGAGCUCAGCUCCCGCCGCACGAAACGUGUCGUCGUUGCUGUAGGAGGUCACCCCAGGAUCCCGGAAGCCUUCCCUCAACACCACCCUCGUGUCGUCCACUCGUCCCAGUACUGGACCCUCUCUUCCCGCAUUUUCCGCGACCGUGACGCUCCUCUCAAGAUUGCCGUCAUUGGCUCCGGCCAGUCAGCUGCCGAGAUCUUUAUGAACCUACCCAGCCAAUUCCCCAACUCCAAAGCCUACCUCUUGAUCAGAGGCGCCGCUCUGAGACCUUCAGACGACUCGCCCUUUGUCAACGAAGUCUUCGACCCCGAACGCACCGAUGAUACCUUCAGCCAGGACCCUGCCGUCCGCGCCGCCGCCAUCAAGAUGGACAAGGCCACCAACUACGGUGUCGUCCGCCUCGAGCUGCUGGAACACAUGUACGACUGCCUCUACACCCAACGUCUCGUUCACGGUGACGACGAAGCAAAUUGGCCCCAGAGUCUGCUCAACUACCGCGAAGUCGAGUCCGUGACCGAGCUGCCCAACGACCGUGUGCGUCUACACAUCAGAAACGAUACUGCAAAUUACAGAUGUCGCAAGAGCUCGACAAAGGAGUCUUUGGAUGUGGAUUUGGUCAUGAUCGCUAGCGGAUACAGAAGAGAUCACCAUGAGCAGUUGUUGUCCAAGGUCAGACCCAUGAUGCCUGGUGGCGACAAGCCUGGCCAGAAGUGGACCGUCAACCGCGAAUACAAGGUUCAGUUCGAGCAAGGCGCAGUAGCCAAGGACUCUGGUGUCUGGUUGCAAGGAUGCAAUGAGGGUACCCACGGUCUGAGUGACUCUCUCCUCUCCGUCCUCGCCAUUCGAGGUGGCGAGAUGGUCCAGUCCAUGUUCGGCAACCAGUAA